AUGAAUAAAUCAUCACCAACUACCCAGCCAAUUACUGACAUUUUAAGCUAUUCUUUGCUUUCAAAAAUCCAUAUUAACCGCAUAAAUCAUCAAACUCAAACUGCUGUCAAUGGAUAUAGCACAAAUGGAUAUAAUACCAAUGAGCCACACAAUGAACUAUUAUAUCAACCAAAUCAUAAUCAACAAAUAUACAAUAAAAUUCCCAAUCAACAACAGCAAAAUAAAUCAAGUGAAACCCUCAAUCAACAACCUGUCGGCCAACCAAACCAACCCGAUACUGGCCAACUUGAUUAUCAACCAGUAGAAGUUGGAGAAUUAGAAAGAUUAAAGAAAGAAGAACAGGAUCAAGUGCAUGAAUUUAUACCUAAUGAUGAAAAAAUCGAUAACACUGCAAAGUCUAUAUUAAAUGAACACCUAGUGCAAUUGAAGAUUGAUAAAGCAACUUAUAAACAUGCAGUAUUAAGAUCAAAUACUGAUAAAGGUGCACCUACUAAAGUUAUUGUUACAUGUUAUAUUGAAGAUAUACCAAUUGCAAGAACUACUGGUCCAAAUUCCAAAAUUACUGGUCAAAUUGUUGCCAAAUUUAUUUUGGAUUAUGAAGAUUAUUUCUUGAAUAGGUUUAAAAUUGGGAAAGCGGUAUAA